GGUAACUUCAUCAAAGGAGCAGCUUGUACUGAUGACACUCAAUGUCUAUCUAAAAUUUGCCGUCGUGUAGAUCAAGAUGGCAAAAAAUGUCAACAAACUGAUAAACGGACAAAAGGAGAUACCU